AUGGGAAUUAUACGAAAUCUCUUCCCUCUCGAAGUGCUCAGCAAAAUCACUCAGCACCUAAGCAUAAAGGAUAUAAAAAAACUAAUGGGCGCCUCAGAGGCGGUUAGAAGGGUAAUUGAAAUGAAUCCUGUUAUAUGGAAACAAAAAUUAAAAGAAAAAGACAGACACUGUGCAAAUGGAAACUACUUAGCAGAGGUAAAAAGAGAAUUUCUUCUCACUCAGAGCUGGAUAAAAAACAAUGUGGCGCAUACCAGCAAAAUCACACAUGUUGCAAAUACAGAAAUUACCAAAAUCGGCGUGUACGGCGAUAUAGUCAUUGUAUCUAGCAAUUCAUCGUAUGUGUAUGUACUUGACAAGUCGCUUGUAUGCAUUCGAACGCUGAAGCAGCACAAAGGCAGUAUUUGGGCCUUUGACUACUCAAAUAAUAUUCUUGUGUCAGGAAGCACGGACAAAUCAAUAAAGGUCUGGGAUGUGUUCCUGGGGGCUUGCAUACGGACGCUUUUUAAGCACAAGUCCACAAUUAGAAGCAUUUUGCUAUCUGAUAAAUAUGUUGUAAGCGGGUCAAGAGACUUUACAGUCUGCGUGUGGGAUGUGAAGACAGGAGGAUGUGUACAUGUUUUGGAGGGGCACACUGGGAGUAUUCGGGACAUGGUCUUUGCCAAAAAAAAGCCUCUUUUGGUUACUGGCUCGUAUGACGGAACGUGCAUUCUUUGGAACUACCACACCGGAGAAGGCAUUCGAUGUCUAAUAAAGCUUACCAGGCGGAUUUAUAAAGUGGAGUGUGUUGGUGAUUUCAUAGCAGUGGGGGGAAUGGACCAGAGGAUGCAUGUCGUGACGCUGGAUGGAGACCACAUAUAUAGCACACCACUGCAAAAUGGAACUAUCUUUCAAAUAAAAAGAGACAGUGAGGGGUAUGUAUAUACGCUAACGGCAACAGGAACUGUUUCUAAGUGGUGCAUAGAGAAGCAGCUGCAGAUCUACCAGAUUGAUACACACACAAAAGCCAUAGACAUCUGCGUUAUUAACCAUCUGUUGAUUGUUGGGCUUAUUGAUAGAAUAGACCUGUACUGCCGAGAAGCGGGCACGUUUAUAAGAACUAUUGCAGUGGUGGAUACACUAUACACUAUGUACAGUGACAACAGCAUGCUUAUCUAUGGAUACAAAGAUUGUGGAAUAUCUAAGAUUGCAUCAGUCAGAUACGGAAGUGUUUAG